UGUAGUUGAUGAGGUCUGGUCACCGACUUCGUCUACAGAAGAUCGACAAAGAAAAUAGAAGGACUAAUGGAUUUGGAGAGCGUGAAGAGGUAUCUGGAGAAAGGUAGUGGGCUUCUGGAAGAUGACGACAAGAAUCGAUCAGCGAUCGACGGUAUUCCUAACAGAUUCUUCGAGCGAUUCAUUAUGCAAGGCCUUCAUGUCGAUCUUGUGGAACCCGGUCGCGUUAUUUGCUCCAUGAAAGUCCCACCUCGUCUCCUGAACGCUGGCAACUUCUUGCACGGUGGAGCCACAGCCACACUCGUUGAUUUGGUUGGGUCAGCUGUGAUAUUCACGGUUGGAGCUCCGCAGACUGGAGUUUCAGUUGAAAUCAACGUUUCAUACUUGGAUGCUGCUUAUGUCAAUGAAGAGAUAGAAAUUGAAGCCAGAAUCUUGCGAGUUGGGAAGGCUGUUGGAGUUGUCAGCGUCGAGUUCAGGAAGAAGAAAACAGGCAAGAUUAUUGCUCAGGGGCGUCAUACCAAAUACCUUGCUGUUUCUAGCAAAAUGUGAAUUGCCGCCAGCACCAGGGGCGCUGAAAAGAGAGGUGACAACCUUAUCACAAGAAUUUAGAUUCCGGGUUCUGGGAGUGGAGUCUUUCUAGUUGAUAUUAGGAAAGCUUUAUUUGAAAGAGACAACAACAUAGAAAACAACCUCACAAGAUUGUGCCGUGGAACAAAUGGCGCCUCAGCAAGGUCCAUGCUCUGAUGAUGGUUACUCAACAGGGAUAAAAAUAAAUUGGAAUGUUAAUUGGUGCUCUAGUGAGAAAAAUGGUGAUCGGCUACCUAGAUCUGAGUUAUCUCCCACCUGAAUGGAACCAUAGUCUUUUGGCUUUAACCCAAAAAUUAAAAUCCCCAAGAGUCCCGGUGAUUUUCGUCCUAUCAGCUUAUGUCGUAUUAUCUACAACCUAAUCUCUAAGACGCUAGCCAAUCGACUUAAACUUGUCCUUGAUAAUCU